AUGUCUGCAGUCUGCGGACCACAUCUGCAAGCCUGUGCGGUAGAAGAGGUGGAUCAAAUGUCUGCAGUCUGCAAUAAGAAGACUGGGUUUUGGGUUCUUCUAUAUCUAAUCGAUUGCUUGAAGAUGGAUGCUGAAAACCAUGAACAUGGACACGCUGUUGACAUAUCUGCAACCCAUGAGAACAACAGGCAAACUGUAAGCAAGGUUUGUGGUGGAGCACCAUGUGGAUUCUCAGACUCAAAAACCACCUCCAGGGAGGCAAAAGAAAGAUCAGCAUCAAUGUGGAAGCUCUGGUGCGGAGUGAUCCUGUGUGUGAUAUUUAUGAGUGUGGAAGUUGUAGGUGGAAUCAAAGCAAACAGUCUUGCAAUUCUUACAGAUGCAGCCCAUCUGUUAUCAGAUGUUGCAGCUUUUGCAAUCUCUCUGUUCUCUGUUUGGGCUUCUGGAUGGGAAGCCACACCCAGGCAAUCUUACGGGUUUUUCAGGAUUGAAAUCCUUGGGACUUUAGUUUCGAUCCAAAUCAUUUGGUUGUUAACUGGAAUCCUUGUUUAUGAAGCCAUUGAUCGUCUCCUUCAUGGCACUGUUGAUGUCGAAGGCAGUCUAAUGUUUGGCAUCGCGUCAUUUGGCUUGAUUGUCAACAUUCUCAUGAUGUUCAUACUAGGGCCAUGA